GACAUUUUCAGGGUCAGGUUUGAUAGUUUCAAAAAAAUGUUUUAAAUCUUGUUAAAUUUUUUUCCCGACCGAUUUGUCAGUAGCAAUUAUUUCUGCAUGAGAGAAAGGUUACAUAACAUCAUUAUCACUUGACUAGCCAGUCCUGAAAGACGUUUCUGGGCAAAUCAAAAGUUAGAGAAACAGAUGGAAAAAGGAGCCAUGGAGAUGCAGGAGAUCACUGCAGAGGAAGAAAGAAACGAAGAAGAUGAAGGAGCAAGUGAACAGAUGCUGGAGGUCAAAACUGAAGAGAAAGCAGAACCAGACCAUUACUCUAAACUACAAAGCGCAUCCGAGGACAUCUAUUCAGAAGCUUUUUAUGCUGGUUCUCCACUUAAAAAAAGAGCAGGAUAUCAGACUCAGGGAAAUGUAUUCCUGUACCGUGUUGCCUGCUUAUUCCUGAGCAUAAUCUGCCUGCUGCUGCUGCUGGUUGUUGUUAUCCUCGGUGUGAAACUCCAAACUGGAUCCACUGCAGUCUGUGUCGGUACAGAGGCAACCACACCAGAAAACAAGAAAACAAGUCCUUCAUCUGAUCAAACAUGCAGCAUGGAGCAUUGUCAGAAAUGGUUCCCAAAUGUUCAACCCAAACAAGUUGGCUGCCAGCAGUGUGCGGACGGGUGGCUGCCUCUGGGCCGAUCGUGUUUUUACCUGUCCAAAUUCAGGUUGAGCUGGGACGAGGGCCAGAAGAACUGCACAGCUAGAGGAGGAUCUCUGGCUGUCAUCAGCGACCAGACACUUCAGACCUUUCUAACUAAAAAGGGGGACAUGAAAUACUGGAUCGGGCUGAGACGUCAAGGAGACACAUGGAACUGGGUCAACAACAAUGUGCUGCAACAGAGUUACUGGUCAGAUGAUAAACCAGGAGGGGAUUGUGGGGUCCUGAGCAGCGGACAGCCAGCUAAGAAGAACUGGAUGAAAGCUCCCUGCGAGUCUUACACCUACUUCAUCUGUCAACUGCAGUUCUGACAGCACCUGUCUCUCUCUUUUUUAAAGAGUAAUGAGCAAAGCAAUUUUCUUUAAACAAGUAUCAACUCCUCAAUAACAUUUCAAAUCAUGACUGUUUCCACUGCACACAUUAAUCAGUAGUAUCCUUCAAUGAAAGCCAAAAUGUAGCUUUUUAGAUUAUAGAUGUGUUAUAUUUAACAUUAGGAUAGUUUUGCUAGAUUUGUAUAAGUUAUACUUUCUUGCAGCUUUAUCUACUCUACAUGUAUGUAUUCUAAUAUGUGAAUGUUACUCUUUUUUACAAAUCUUAGUACCAUACUUUUUUACAGUAUGAUUCCAUAUAUAGCUGUAUGACAAAUGAAGGCCAGUAAGUUUGUUUUAAGAAGGUUUUAUUAUCAUAUAAAAAUGUUCAUGCAACCACUGUUGAAAGUCAC